GAUUGAUCGAUAAAGAUCAAAAAAUUCAGACUAUUAUUCAAUUUUAACAAAUACCAUUUCAAAACAAAACUUAAGUAGAUUAUUUAUCAAAUAGUAAGUUAGUUAUUUAAGCAGCAAGUAGCGAGUAAGGUAGUUUGGCAAUCAGGUUUUAAGCAAAAGUAGUUUAGAGUUAUGGAAAUGGAAGAGGAUACUAGUUAAAGCGGUUAUUUGGAUGGCAGAGAAAGUUAAUCUCGCAAUUAAGGGGAUGAACAAAAAAUGCAAGAAAGCAGCUACUCAGAAUUGUACGAUAACAUAAUAAUAGCUAUUAUAGAUGAGCACAACAAGAUAUAAAAUUUAGCUGAUUUGUAUGAUAUAGUGUUGUCUAAAAUAGAUGAGAGUUUGUAAGAUACAGAAUCAUAUGAAGAUAUUGAUUUGGAUGAGCUUGCAGAUGAGUGUUUUAAGCAAUUAAAAGUUAAAUUGUAUGACUCAUUUUCAAAACAAAUUUGGCAAGAUAAAAAUACACAAAAUGUAUCAGAAUACCAAAAGAUAGAAUUCAUUGAUGAUAAACUAAAUGAAAGCUUUGAUUUUUUCCAUACAGUAUCAAAUCUUAUAGUAUAUCUUGAGCAAUUAUAAAAGCAGUUAAUGAUAGGAAACAAAUAGCAGAAUAAUAAAGAAAACUCUUCAAUGUAGAAUUCAUCAGAAAAAGAAAAUCCUACCGAGUCUAUUAAUCUCCGAUAAAGAAAGAGUGCGGCAGCUACACCUAAUUCUUCAGUGGCAAAUGGGAAUUAUGAAGGUAAGUAAAUAGGAGAUAGAUAAAAGCAAAAGGAUAAUAUUGUAAAUUUUAGCGAAAAUAAAGCAGCAUCAGCUUCAAUAAGCAGUAGCAGUAGAACUACAUCUAAAAGAGGAGAAACAAAGUAAAAAAAUCCUCCAUAGUCUUUUGGUUUAUAGCAAUCUUUUUGCAGUAAUGAGAGUUUAGGUGUGAAAGGAAACAAUUUAUUAGGAGGAGAUUUCAGAAACACCAUAUAAGGUGAAUAAAAGAUCUUUGUUAGAUUGAAUCCCUUGAAUGUGCAAACUCAUUAAAUUUAGCUUUAUUUGCAGAACUUUCCUCGACUUGAAGUUAAGAUAGGUACCAACUAGUGUCUUAGUUAUCUCCUUGAGUAUUUGCAUCGUAAGUGGCUUUAGAAGCAACAGAAUAAUGGAAUGCAGAAUAAUAAUUGUAUUUUUGGAAUCUUUUUAUAUCCUGAUAGCGAAAGCUGGCUCAUCGAAUUUAAAGGCCAAGAAAAGCCUAAACUAAGUGAAUAAUUGAUGAUUAAUGAUAUUUAUUAAGGUUUCAACUAUCCUAAAGAUCAGGUAGUCAAUCUACUUUACGAAAUAACAAAAGACCAACCACCUUAGCCAGCUCCUUCUAUGCUGUAAGCUUCAGAAUGGGAAAAUCAUAUUUAAAAUACUAUGCCUUCCCCAAGAUUACAUAUCCCGCUAAGUCCGUCACGAUUAGGUGUUGAUCAUGAAGAUAAUUACCACUUUUUGUAGCAAUUCAGCUAAGAUUCUGAUUUUAAGUUCUUUAACUACUACGAAAAUCUGUUUAAUGAAGACGAUGAUGAAGACUAUGUUGUGAAUGAAGACGAAGAAGAAGAGGAGGAGGAAGAAGAGGAUGAUGAAGACGAUGAAGAAGAUUUUGAAGAAGAAGAGGAAGCUAUAGAAGAAGAUUAAGAUAAAUAAGAAUAAGGAACAAAUACCUAAAAAGAUGAUUUUCAAAAUUAAAAUAAAAAUGAUUUAAAUGAAAAAACAUAAGAGUAUUAAUAAAAUUAAACAAAACAAAAUAAUAAAAUUUAGACUGAAGGAGAAGUUCAAAAUAAUAAAUUAGGAUAAGCAGAAAAUUAAAAUGGGAAUUAAAAAAAGAAAAGCAAUAAAAAUAAUAAAGAAGAUGGACACGAUCAAAGAUAAAAAUCUUAGAACUAAUAACAAAGUAAUAGAAAAAGCAACGAAAAAAAAUAAAAAUAGAGCAAUAGCAAUUUAUUUUAUUAAAAUUAGCAAAAAAUGCUCUAAGAAAAUUAAGAUUUAAACAAUAAUCAAUAUGGUAAUUAUGGUGGUAAUAAUGAUUUAAAUUAUAAUGAAUAUCAAUAGAACUUGAUGGAUGAUUGUAAAGAUGCUCAAUUAAUGUCUAAUUUUGAAAUAAAUAAUUUCGAAAAUGUAAACCAGCUAAAUGAUUUUUAUAGUAAUUAAUACAAAGUAUAAAUGAAUAAUCGGUACAGAAGCUAAGAAGAUGUAGACAAUAUUAAUCAAAACGAUUUAUAAGAGUAACAUCAUCUUCAUAACUCAUCAAUUAAUAUAGAUAACAGCAUGCUUAAGUAAAGCAGUAUUAGAGGUAAUAAUUUGAUGACUAGUGAAAACCUCAAUAACAUGGGAAAUAACAUGAGCAACAUGAUAGGUUUGGGUAAUCUAGAGUCUUAAAAUUUCCAAAAAUAAAUAAGUUAGACAAAUUGCUAUGAUGGUUUCAUUGACUUUAACAAUGAUACGAGCAAUAAUUUGAACAAUAAUAAUAUGAGCAAUAAUUUAGCUGAUAGCAAUAAUGGUAAAAACAACAAUAAUAAUUUGAACAUUUAAAGUAAUAAUACAAACGACGGAUUUAACAGCUUCUCCAACAUAAUGAAUUAGAUGAAUCAAGAGAGCAAUAACAUAAGAAAUGCUCAAGACCAUCAGUUGGAAAAUGAAAACAAUGAUAACAAUUCAAUUAGUUUGAUGAUUAAUUAGUAGUAAAGCUUAUAAAACUAAAUGCAAUAACAAUAGAUUUAAAGUAGCUUAGAUAAUUAGAAUGCUAAUCUGUUAUUAAAAUCCCCUUAAACAAAUAGAGAUAAAAAAAAAAAUAAAUUGUAAGAUAAACAAGCUGAAAAAAUAAAGAGAUAAAAGCAAUCUUCUACUGUAGAUCAGAAUCCUGAUGAAUAAAUUAUAUCUUUGAUUAAACCAAAUCCUUACAAAGAUGUAGAAAUGUUUUAAAAGAUGAAAUCUAAAGGCAAUCCCAACCAAAACUAAUCUGAAUAAUUAGAGUACUAAAUAGAGGAUGGAAAAUUAAAUAGUCUUGACUAAGAAAAUGAAAGCGAAUAAAAAAAACAACAACUUAAUUUACUAAAGAACAAUAUUCGCCCUCCUAGUUUCUAACUGAAUCAAACUUAAAAGUAGAGGGAUGAAAGUGAAAAAGAGCCAAAGCUGCAAAAAUUUGUUAAGUAGAAUAGCACUGGAGAUAUCAAUGAUGAUUAAUAAGGAUAAUCAAAUUAAAAAGGAUAAAUAAACUAAAAUAACAACCAAUAAAUAAAUACAGAGAAUAUAUUAAAUAAAUAAAAUGAAAAGGCUCAACAGCAGCAAUUAAUCAAUCUCCAGGAAUAGCAACAGCUAAGUAACUGUUAUAAUGAUAAUAAAGAUUAAGGAGAACGAGAAGAGGAAGAAGAAGAGUUUGAUGAAGAUAAUGAAGAUGAUGAUGAAGAAGAAGAAGACGAAGAGGAGGAUGAAGAAGAAUUUGAUGAAUAAUACUCUAAUAAUAACCAAGACGAAAACAAUUAAUAAAAUGAGAAAAAAGAUUAAACUGAUAAACAAAAUAAUUAAAAUUAAUACAACGAACAAAGCUAAAAUCUUAUUAAAAAUACUUCGCCAUUGCAAUAUAAACAUAAUUUUAGCAAUUUCAAUUUAUUUAAUUAAGACAGCUAUCAAUUCCAUAACAAUUAAAGCUAUAACUUCAACUCAUUAAAUAACAUAUUCAACACAACUUCAAAUGCUAACAUUUAGAAUACUUUAUUCAACUAGCAGUUGCAUAGCACUAAUUCAAAUUUAAUAAAUAAAUCUCUUCUUAAAAGUCCCAUCAACCCUUCUCAAAAGAAAGGUUAUACUUUUAAACAAAAUAUUUUUGGAGAUAAAAAUUUUAAUUCAAAUAAUUUCCAAAAUGAUAACAGCAUUAUGAAUAUUAAUAGCAUGGCUAUGCGAUUUGAGGAUCCUUCUUCCAAUUUUAAGCAUUUUGAUUUUCCUUUUUCAAAUAUGAACUAUGCUAGUAAUUCUAGACCAUUUUUGAAUGAUAAAUAUACUAACACAUUCACAAUGUCUAAAUUUAAUUAGAAUUCUAACUUGAAUUCUAUUCCUUUAUAUAAAAAUUACCAGCAUAGCAAUUAAUUGAACUUUGCUCAUCAUCAAUUUAAUCAUCCCUUUAACUCUAGAAGGGAUAUUUUUGCAGAUAAAACUCUUAGUUCUGAAAUGGAUAAAGAUAAUUUGUAAAAUACUGAAAAGGCUAUUAAUGAAGAAUUAUAAAAUAAAAAUGAGGAUAAAAAUUUCCCACAAAUAAAUAUCAUAAAAUCAGAAAGCACUCCUUCUUUAGGAUUAAAAAACGAGUAAGACUAGAAAAUUAUUAAAAUAGAUGCUACUGAGAAGUAAUUUUCAGACUAAAAGCAGUAAAACUAAUCUUAAUAGAUAACUUAAAACGAAGCAAACAAAAGUGAAGUUAUGGGAUUCAGGAAGAUAAAUGUAAUAAAAAAGGAAGAUGCUUCAUCAGCAGGUGGCAGUCUUCUUGGAAAAAGAUUCCUCUCUGAGUAGGGAGAAAUCAAAAGUUCAUCAAAAUAAGAUCAAGGCAGCAGUGAUAAUCAAAUUCCAUUAUCUGUUUUAAAUACAGAAAAAAUAGAAAACCUUGUAAAACAAAUUGUCGGAAACUAGUAAAAUUAAGAUAGUGUUUAAGACAAUAAUAAUAAGAAUCAAAAUGAUAGCUAGUCAUAGCAAGAUUCACUGAAGUACUUAUAAAUGAAUGAAAGUAAUCAAGACAUAUUGGGUAAGAAUACAAGCAACAAUAAUAAUUCAAGCAAUAUUUUCAAAGUGAGGAAACUUUCAGCUAAUUAAAUAUAGAACUAAAAUUCUUUGAACCAAGUAGCCAAGCCAACAAAUAACAACUCUAAUAGUAAUUUUAGUAAAAAUGUUUAAGAAGUACAUAAUGCCAUAACAAAUUUACUAAACAACUAAAGUCUUACAUCUUCUGUAAAUCCAAUUAAUACAAAUAACAGUGAAUUGUCAAAAGAAAGUUUAAAUUCUAAUAACCACUCAAACACAGAAAUUAAAGAAAACUAUAAAUUCCUUAAAUUUUAGAAUGAAUUUGCUAAAUAUUACAGUGAAAACCUUUGCAAAACUGAAGAUUAAAAAAUAAACAGCUCUUUAUAAUCAAACAGCACAUAACAGGCUCUUAAAGCUUAGUUGAUGAGAAUCGAUUCAACAAAAGCUGUCUCAGCUAUUUUAGAAAAUGUUAUUGCAUCAUAAUAACUUAAGUAAACUCAGUAAACUUCUUAAACAGGAUUAUCGUCAACAUAGAAGUUAGAAGAAAACAAUAACACGUUACAAAAUUCUCUUAACAAUAUAGAAAAGUAAAAAAGUUUAGGAGCUUCUUCAAACCAAAUGGAAAGUAUCAAGUAAAUAAUACAAGUAAAGACUGCACCAAAAAUAAUAUCACCAAAUUAUUAGAGCAACUUGAGCGAAAGCAAUAAUAACAAUAAUUAAUCUAAUGAUUAAUCAAAAGAUUCAUCAAAGCAAGCAGCUAUAAAUUUAUCCUAAAAUUAAUAAUAACAAUAAAAUUAAUAACAAGGAGUUGUUCGUACAGAUCUAUAAUUUCUAGAGAAUCUAGUCGAAUUAGUAGGAUUAAAGAAAAAUUAAGUGUAGGGUGCUCAACAAUUUAUUAAUUAAGUGAAAGAUGUGUAAACAAAUAACAGUAAAUAGCAAAACAACGAAGCUUAACCUAAUAAAAAUGUUCUUGUCAAAAGUGUUUCAGUGGUAAGAAAAUAUAAUAAUAGCACUUCCCUCACAAAUUAGCAACAAGCUAAUUAAAAAUCUGACGAAAGCAACAAUAAAAAUUCUCCAGAUUCAUCUAUAAACCAAUAAAUGUAGAACGAUUAAAAUGUUGAAGUAGAAAAUAAAAUGGAAUCUUCUACUAUCUAAAAAUGCAACAAUUCAAACUCUGACUAAACUGAAUGA